AUGAAGCUGGAACAGUGCAUUGUUGGUAGGGACCAUACAGACCCACGUAAAUGGCACCAUGGUGAUGGUCGUGACGGCCGCGAGCACCGGACGGCCCCAGGGCUGGUGGGCGGCUCGCUUGCGGGCCGCGACCCACCCGUGGAGCGCGCACGUGGCGACGGCGAUGGUGGGCAUGAGUUUAUGUCCGUAGUCGUAGAGGGAGGCGAACUGCGCGAGCAGUUGCUCGGAUUGCGUAUUGGUAUCGAGGAAGACCGGCACCGCGACGAGCGACAGGCCCAUCAUCGCCCCUACCGCCGGUCCACCCGAUGCACAGCGGGCAGUUUAUAUAUCGGUGACUUCAUCGCAGGCAGGACGACCGUCGUCGGGGCGAUUGGAGCCGGACCACCCUCGCAGCGUCGUUUCGCCUUCCCCGAAGUGAACGACUGUGGUCCGAGCAGCAAUAUAUUUGCAAAAUGCUGUGCCCCUGGGACCAUUCUUUUCGGCAAUAUCUUUGAUCUCCCAAAUUUCCCAAGAAUGAGCGACGUGCGAGCAGGGUCCAACGACCCGCCCGGCAAAUAUCUCUGUCUGACCAUCUGCGGCUAUCGGAAACCGGGCAUGAGCGAGGAGGACUACCGACACCAUAUGACUAAGAUCUCGGCCCCGAUGACCAAAGACCUGAUGGUCAAGUAUGGCAUCAAGCGGUGGACCAUGAUCCAUAGUCCCGCCGUCACUCGAACGUUGAUGGACCAGCUCUACGAUUCACAAAUGGUCAACCUGGCCGACUUUGACUGCUUUAGCCAGGUUGUGUUCAAGAGCGUGGAGGACUAUAAGCGAAUGAAAGAGGAUCCGUAUUAUAAAGAACACUUGUUCAAAGACCAUGAGCACUUUGCCGAUACGAAGAAGAGCCUGUUCGUGCAUUUCAUGCCUCUGCCUCCGCCCCUUGGACCGUGUCCCGGUAGCUGA